UAAUCCCAAUAAAACAAUCUCAGUCCCAAUCAUUUACUUGCUCAGUUGCUCAUACGUCAAUGGAGGAAUAACAAAACACAACUUACAAGUUACAAAUCUCCUUUUCUUUUUCCCCCUUUCGCUUAUUUUAUUUUAUCUCUUCCCCCUGCCGUACAUCUGCCCCAAAACCUUCUCUUCCCCUCUCGAUCCAUUGAGACACCGAGAAACCGCAGAUGUCUCAGACUCUCAACUCUCCCCCUUCCCUUCUUAUCUCUGCUUCUGCUCAAAGGUAUGGAUUGUGCUGAUAUUUGGGGACGAACAUGGAGCAGUUCCUAGACGGAUUGAAGCAUUUGUGUGCGGCAAUUGCGAAUUGUUGUGAUGCUGAUUUGUAUAAGCAACUCAGAGGGCUGCAAGAUCCAGAGGCUCUUGCAAGAGAAACAGUUUUUAGUGUUAGCGAAAUAGAAGCACUUUACGAACUUUUUAAGAAGAUCAGUAGCGCGGUGAUAGACGAUGGUUUGAUCAACAAGGAAGAAUUUCAAUUGGCCUUAUUUAAAACGAAUAAGAAAGAGAGCUUAUUUGCGGACCGGGUAUUUGAUUUGUUUGACUCGAAACAUAAUGGUGUGCUUGGUUUUGAAGAGUUUGCACAUGCCUUGUCAGUCUUUCACCCCAAUGCACCUAUUGAUGAUAAGAUUGAAUUUUCAUUCCAAUUGUACGAUCUCAAACAGCAAGGCUUCAUUGAGAGGCAGGAGGAUUAAUUUGUGCAGGUUAAGCAAAUGGUAGUGGCCACACUUGCUGAAUCCGGUAUGAAUUUGUCGGAUGAUGUGAUUGAAAGCAUCAUUGACAAGACCUUUGAGGAGGCCGAUACCAAGCACGAUGGUAAGAUUGACAAGGAAGAAUGGAGAAGUCUUGUCUUGCGACAUCCUUCACUUUUGAAGAACAUGACUCUUCAAUAUCUCAAGGACAUCACAACAACGUUUCCAAGUUUUGUGUUUCACUCACAAGUCGAUGAUACAUGAUCUUCAAGUUGCAUUUUGAUGGAGAAGAGAAAAGUAGGAACCGCGAGAUUUUUCGUUCUGGUUUCUUCUUUGGCGCAGAGGUUCACUGAUAGAGAGAAGCAAAAUUUCAUUCGUAUUUUAAUGACCGGGGUCUUGUAUUGAAUGGGAAGCAUUUUAUGCUCUGAUGAACAAAUGAGAUGCAGUUCUUUCUUUCUUUGUUUUUGGGUUCAUUAUGUAAUGCUUUGUAAGGACAAAGGCAUAGAAAUUUAGAAAGCUUUGCAGUUGCGUGGGAUUUUUUUGUUACUAUGUGGAAUAGAUUGGAACAACACCAGAUUUUUUGGAGUGAUAGUAAAAACUGUUAUCAUGCUCAUUCAAGCAGAAGGGCUUCUAUAAAUUAAGACCAGAUGGUGAAUUAUGUGUUGACCAGGACGAUGAAAAUCCGGCCGAAAAUGUAUUUGAUUUGAUUUAUAUGAGUGCAACUCAGUCUAUUUAUCUGUGUAGCCAGUCAAAUCUGACUCGAAUGUUGAUUCGAGAUAGCUGAAUUUCUGCUCAUCCUAAUCCUGCUUCAACUUUGUAACACAGCAAAUGAGAGGGAGGGAGAAGAUGUAUCAAAAUGGAACAUGAUCUGAAACUUCUCUUUUAUUGAUUGUGUUUACACAAUAUAAAAGGCCU